AUGAAAGGAAACGGGCAGCAGAUCCUGUCUGUGGCCUGGGUGUUUUAUUUUGCCCAUAGGCGGAAACGGGUGAAUGUCUGUGACAGAGUCAGGAUGCGAGAAUACAAGCUGGUUGUGCUGGGAUCUGGAGGUGUCGGAAAGUCAGCUUUGACAGUCCAGUUUGUCCAGGGAAUCUUUGUGGAGAAAUAUGACCCGACAAUAGAAGAUUCAUAUAGGAAGCAAGUUGAGGUUGAUGGACAGCAGUGUAUGUUGGAAAUCCUUGAUACAGCAGGAACAGAGCAGUUCACUGCGAUGAGGGACUUGUACAUGAAAAACGGCCAGGGCUUUGCCUUGGUUUACUCAAUCACUGCUCAGUCAACAUUUAAUGACCUGCAGGACCUGCGAGAACAGAUCCUGAGAGUGAAAGAUACAGAGGAUGUUCCCAUGAUCCUUGUUGGCAAUAAAUGUGAUCUCGAGGAGGAGCGAGUGGUGGCCAAAGAGUCUGGCCUGGGCCUUGCUCGCCAGUGGAACUCCUGUGCUUUUCUAGAGACAUCAGCCAAGAGCAAGAUCAAUGUCAACGAGAUCUUCUAUGACCUUAAAAAAGUCCACCUGUCAACUUCUCUAAUGACAAGUUUGGUUUUACCUGACCUAUAA